UGCAUUUUGCAAUAGCAUGGUCCGCCGACGGUCGUCGGCCGAUGGUGGCAAUGGAAGCAACCGCCGCAAGUCGUCGACAGACAUGACGGGCCAUCGAAAGGCAGACAGAAAGAUGUCGGAGAUCAUGGAAGGCGUCGCUAUGCCGCCAAGCAUGUCCUUCCUGGAAACCCAGCGCAUUACGGCAAUGCAGAUGGAAAUAUAUGGCUUUGCGGGGUGGAUUGCAUCAAUUGCGAUCUUUGUGUGCUAUCUUCUCUGGGCGUACGUCCCCGACGCCAUUCUUGCAUCUUAUGGCAUCACGUACUACCCGUCGCGGUAUUGGGCCCUCGCCGUUCCCGCCAUGCUCGUGAUGACUCUGAUGGCGUUGGUGGUAUUCUACAUCGCCAUCAACUGGAUCUCCACGGCACCGCUCGACUCGUACAACACGAUUAGAGGUACGAGUGAAUUUGGUAACGACUCAUGCAUUGGUGGUGAUAGAUCAAUACACGGUCACAUUGACCAAGGAAGAGCUAGACAUCCAGCGCAACGCCAAUACCCCUGCCAUCGCCGAUAUUCCGCUCACUUCUGUCAAUCGCAUGUUGUUUCAUUGAGUGGGAUGAUCCUCUAGAACCUUCCCAUGCAGUAAUACCGCAUAGAAUUAUGGUUGCAAGAGCAUUGCGGUAGAGGAAAUAAUAGUCUAAAAGGCCAAUGAAUAUUGGUGCACACGAAAACAAAACCGACCUAAACGCAC